AUGAAAUUAGUUGAUCAAACAGCAAUUAAUCUUAAUAAUCGUCUUUAUCAAUGUCAAAAUGAUAUUAUGCCUGGUUCAACAAUUGAAACAAUGAUGAAAACAUUUUACAAUCCACAAUUUUCAAAAACUCUUGCAUAUGAUCGACAAUUAGCAGCAGAAAUUCAAUUACUUGGUGGUGGUAAUGGUGGUGAAUUGAAUAUAACUCAAGAACAAUAUCGUACAAUAAUGCGUGAAGCUAUUGGUUGUGUUUAA